CACUGUAUUGGCCAGGACGGUCUUGAUCUCUUGACCUCGUGAUCCACCCGCCUCAGCCUCCCAAAGUGCUGGGAUUACAGGCGUGAGCCACCACCACUCCCAGCCUUCCACUGUACUUUCAUAGUUACCUGUUCUUUCCUCAUGCCCUGUGAAGAGGUGCCUUCCAUCAUGAUUUUAAGUUUCCUGAGGGCUCCCCAGCCAUGUGGAACUGAGUCAAUUAAACCUCUUUUCUUUUUUACCCAGUCUCAGAUAUUUACUUAAAACAAUGUGAGAACAGACUAAUACACCUGUCAAAACACCAAGCCUGAAAAACCUAACCACUAAUUUGCUCUCUGCCUUCUCCUGAGCAGCUGAACACUGUUAGAGUAAAUCACACAAUGCCUCAUUAUCCCAACUGUGAUAUGUGCUACAACAGCACGUAACAGGAGGACAAACCUUGUUUUCAGGUAGGGUCAAGGAUUUUCCAAAUUAUUUUUGAACUUUUUAAGAAAACAAUGACAUUGACAACUGAGAGAUAAGCCCUAAAAUAAGUAGAGUGUGCCAGUCAAGGUACAAAAUAUCAGCAGGGUACAGGGUGGGCAUUUGAUAUUUCCCUGCAACUGGAACAGUGUAAGUGGAUGGAGCAGAGUAAAAAAAAAGAUAGUUUGGGAAACAAGCGCCUAAGACAUGAAUCCCUGCUAUAAGGGUGCUAUUUAGUAUAGGAGGUCAGAUUUGGAAAUAAUGCAGCAACAGUAACAACUGAUGUUGUAAGAAAUAUAUGUCGCUGUCUGGGAAGGGUCUGGUAUUGAAACCUAUUUUAAAGUUAGUAAGAUAGCCUGUUAACUGUUUUAUGGCAGUAAACUUGGAUUCCUGGGUGACAAAGAACUUUGUAAUUUAUGGCAAAAGCAGAAGCCAGAACUUCAUGUUUAUGCGUUUUCCAUGUCCCCCAAGUCCCACUGGGAUGGUGAAGAUGGGCCUCCAUGGAUGUCUGCAUGUGUAGUCAGUGGGUUACAUCAUAGGAGAGGAAUACUGAGUUUGGGGGAUUCACUACUUUUGUAGUUAAGUGGAAGCAAGCCUACUCUUUGGGAAGAAUACUUCAGCUAUGAAACUGAUCAUCCCAAACAACCCUGAAAAAUGAUCUAGGUAAAGAGCAGUUAGGACCUUACGUUCUUGGCAAACCCAGAAUUUGCAGGUCCCAUGACAAAUGACCCCUCCCAAGAGUAUGGUGGGUUCAUGGGAUGGAGUUUGGAGGAGUCUGGAUAAAUUAUUCUUUAGGGCUUGAAGAAAGGCAUCACUGAGGAAGUGAUGUUUAAGCUGUAUUUUCAUCAAGCAGGCAUGGAGAAAGAAGGGUAUUUCAGCCUGAGCCCAGCCAAAACAGGUGUGGAAACAUGAUAAGGACUUUGUAUGCUCAGAACUCUUACUAGCCUCUCAUUAUGACUAGAGUUUACAGUAUCAGGUGUAGGGAAUGUGGAAGAUGGGUGGGGGAGCAGUGGCCUGCUGUGAGAGACCAGGUUAGAAAGAAAAUAAACUCUCUUGUUUACCUUGCUGAAGAGUCUGAAUGUUAUGCAGGCAACGAGGGAUCAUUGAAGCUUCUUAUUCUCAUAGCAGAAGAAUGCUAUGACUGAUCUGGUAUAUGUUUUAGAAUGAUCACCCUGGAUUAUCAGGUAAAAAUGCUGUCUUAAACAUAGUGUUCUACAUUUGCUCCCUAAGACUCCCUGAAAAUGACAGUAACAGGAUUUUUAAAGUCAUACACCCUUAAGGGUUAAAGAAAAGGAAUAAUGGAAAUGAAAUUCUGGAAUCAAUAGCAAAGGGCUCAGUUGACUUGAAAAAGCUGAAUUCUAAACCCCCAGUGAGCAAAACCAACAAGCAAUUCUAUUUGUAUCACAGAAGCCCCUAAAAAGCUCCAAAACUGGCUUCAGGAAGUAGAAGUGAAGAGGGUACCUAAAAGGACUGGAAGUUCAUUUAGGAGAGUGUUAUAUCCUUUAUGCCACCCCCAGCCCCCGCCUUAUUCUGAAGUCUUUUUCUAUUGUUCAGGAGUAAAACAGGGUCUCUGUAAUGGAGGACAUCAGGCACCUAAAACAAAAGAGAAUUAAGUGAAAAUUGUACUACAUUCUGAGACACACCCCGGCCUCCAUACCCCUCCUCUCCCACUUGAUUUUCAACAAACGUCCCAUGGGCUCAACAGCUUCCAAUCAACUUUUAAAUAUACCCGCACUUACAUAUGAGCAGAUAAGGACCACCAGACAUCCUAGGAAAGCCUCUAAUAUGAAAGAGCACAAAAUCAACAGAAGAAAGAAAAAGGAAACUUGAGGGAAAUAGAUACUGCAAGGGAAGAAAAACUUUAAAAAAGAUAUCAUUAAUAUCAGAGAGUUGGAUGAUGAUACUGGAAUAAUAAAACAUCAUUUUGGCAGCAAUUUAGAGUCAAUCAGAGGCAAACAAAACUGAAAACGUCUUAGGAAAAAGCUGACCAAGAAGACCUGAACUAAAGUAGCAGUAAUGGCGAUGAACAUGACACUUAAAAAACGCAGGUUCUAGGCCCCUCACUAGAAAACUAGGGGAUGAACCUCUGGGGAUGGAGUCCAGGAAUUUGGAAUCUUCUAAAACAUCACCACUGGCAAUUCUGAUGUAGCCAGCUGGGUGCUGGUCUCAAGACUGAGAACCAGAGGACAUAGGGACUAAUCGGAUGUAGGAGGGUAAGAAAGUGGGAAGGUUGUUAACUGGCUGGCUGGGUGGAGGAUGGUGUCAUCCCAACAUAGAAACAUAGACAAGAUACACUUUGCCCACUUCCAACCUAAAUACAUAAAUAAGGCUAUGUUAGUUUGAGUAGUCCAUGGUAAAUUUUGGAAAAGUAUAGUUGGCAUGUGGAGAUAUUUUUUGCUUAGAUUAGUACCACAGUUUUCUUGUCACCAACAACUACGGCUGCAAGAGCGUCCAAUGCUUUUUUCCCACGUACUGUUUUGAUGCAGAGCUGUCUUCGCAGUCCCUCCCCCGGCUAAAACCCACCAAACAAAAAAAUCACGAUUACUCUGCCACCAGACAGUAGCUUUAAAACACCAAUGUUAUUGCCCUUGACGCUUAUUGUAAUAAUUGACAUGUCUCCAACUGUAACAAUUCCCUUGGAAACAGAAAAUUCUAUUCAGGCAUAUAGUUUACAAGACUCCACCUCGGACCUGCUUUAAUUUCUUUACAGGUCCUAGUAAAUGCUCCUAUCAAAUUCCUUAGUUAUCGUUUCAAGCUGCUUCCCAAUUAAAAUGUCAGCAUCAUGAUGACAGGAACGUCGUUUGCAGGCGUCACUGCUGCAGCCAUAUCUCCAGCACGUUUCCAGAAAAUGUCAUUGGUUGAAAGCAAUAACUCUCCUAUUUCACAAUUAUUUCAUCUCUCGUCACAUCAACCCUAGGUGAUGUUUUUAUUCUCACCUUAUGAACGAGAAUACUGCUGCUCAAAAUUCAAGAGUCUUGCCCAGAGUUUCUUGGGAAGUACGAAAGGGUUAUGGCUCCAAACUGGUCAGCUCCAAAGUCCUUGCAAACCCUGUCCGAGACCAUGCACGACCCCAAGGAGCGCCUGAGCAGAUAACCAAAAGUGAAAAAGCCUGCAGAACUCUUGACUCAAGUUAGCGCCUCGGCUUCAGGAGAGGCAGCGCCAGAGGGACACAGCCUGCCCGGGGUCGCUCGCACUGACGUCACGUAGCGACGCGGAAGAUUCACGUAUGGGGCCUCGCUCUGGGAUAGCUUUACUGCUUCUGGGAGCUGCUGCUUCGCUGUGAGAAGUAUCCGUGACGAGCUAUCCGGUAAAGGUCCGAAUGAGAUCAAACCUAAUCCGCGAGACUUGCUAAGGUUCUGUGCUACAAAUUGAUGUUUAGAUAAACGUCAGUGAAAUGACUCUUCAGGAAUUGGUGCAUAAGGCUGCCUCCUGUUAUAUGGACAGAGUAGCUGUAUGUUUUGAUGAAUGCAACAACCAGCUUCCAGUUUACUACACCUACAAGACUGUGGUUGAUGCUGCUUCUGAAUUAUCAAAUUUUCUGCUGUUACACUGUGACUUUCAAGGAAUUCGGGAAAUUGGUCUCUACUGCCAACCUGGGAUAGACUUACCCUCUUGGAUUUUAGGAAUUCUCCAAGUCCCAGCUGCUUAUGUACCUAUCGAGCCAGAUUCACCACCGUCAUUAUCAACUCAUUUUAUGAAAAAAUGUAAUCUAAAGUAUAUCCUUGUUGAAAAAAAACAAAUUAAUAAAUUUAAAUCUUUUCAUGAAACAUUAUUGAACUAUGAUACAUUUACAGUGGAACAUAAUGACCUAGUGCUCUUCAGACUUCACUGGAAAAAUACUGAGGUGAACUUGAUGCUAAAUGAUGGAAAAGAGAAAUAUGAAAAAGAAAAAAUAAAAAUCAGCGUAAGUUCUGAGCAUGUCAAUGAAGAAAAAGCAGAAGAACACAUGGAUCUGAGGCUAAAGCAUUGCUUAGCCUAUGUUCUACAUACAUCAGGGACUACAGGGAUACCGAAGAUUGUCAGAGUGCCUCAUAAGUGUAUAGUACCAAAUAUCCAGCAUUUUCAGGUACUUUUUGACAUCACACAAGAAGAUGUUUUGUUUCUGGCUUCACCUCUGACCUUUGAUCCUUCUGUUGUGGAAAUAUUUCUUGCUCUAUCAAGUGGUGCCUCUCUGCUUAUUGUACCAACUUCCAUCAAGUUGCUCCCAUCAAAAUUAGCCAGCGUUCUCUUUUCCCAUCAUAGAGUGACUGUUUUGCAGGCAACACCAACAUUGCUUAGAAGAUUUGGAUCUCAGCUUAUCAAGUCAACUGUUUUGUCAGCCACUACUUCACUUCGAGUAUUAGCCCUUGGUGGUGAAGCGUUUCCAUCAUUGGCAGUUCUCAGAAGCUGGAGAGGAGAAGGCAAUAAAACACAAAUAUUUAAUGUUUAUGGUAUCACAGAGGUAUCAAGUUGGGCGACCAUUUAUAGGAUUCCAGAGAAGACUCUUAACUCUACUCUCAAAUGUGAAUUGCCUGUACAACUGGGAUUUCCACUUCUUGGAACAGUAGUUGAAGUCAGAGAUACUAAUGGCUUCACAAUUCAAGAAGGCAGUGGCCAAGUAUUUUUAGGUGGCAGAAACAGAGUAUGUUUUCUUGAUGAUGAAGUGACAGUACCACUUGGCACAAUGCGAGCUACAGGAGACUUUGUGACUGUGAAAGAUGGAGAGAUUUUUUUUUUGGGACGAAAAGACAGUCAGAUCAAACGUCAUGGCAAACGUCUUAACAUUGAACUUGUGCAACAGGUUGCUGAAGAGCUUCAGCAAGUGGAGUCUUGUGCAGUUACAUGGUAUAAUCAGGAAAAAUUAAUUCUCUUCAUGGUGUCUAAAGAUGCUUCAGUAAAAGAAUACAUUUUUAAAGAACUGCAGAAGUAUCUUCCAAGUCAUGCAGUCCCGGAUGAGCUUGUAUUGAUCGAUUCUCUACCAUUUACAUCCCACGGCAAAAUUGAUGUUUCUGAGUUAAACAAGAUUUAUUUAAACUACAUAAACUUGAAGUCUGAGAAUAAGCUCAGUGGGAAAGAGGACCUUUGGGAAAAAUUACAGUAUUUGUGGAAGUCUACUCUGAAUCUCCCAGAAGAUCUUUUGAGGGUUCCUGAUGAGUCACUCUUCUUAAAUAGUGGCGGAGAUUCCUUAAAGUCCAUCCGGCUCCUCAGUGAGAUUGAAAAACUUGUUGGUACAUCAUUACCUGGGCUUCUGGAAAUUAUUCUCAGCAGUUCCAUUUUAGAGAUUUAUAAUCACAUCCUUCAAACAGUGUUUCCAGAUGAAGAUGUGACAUUCAGGAAGAGUUGUGCCACAAAAAGGAAACUCAGCCACAUUAAUCAAGAGGAAGCCAGUGGAACAUCUUUACAUCAGAAAGCCAUCAUGACUUUCAGUUGCCACAAUGAGAUUAAUGCUUUUGUUGUACUGAGCAGAGGGAGUCAAAUUUUGUCUCUGAAUACCACUAGGUUUUUAACAAAGUUAGGACAUUGCUCUUCAGCCUGUCCUUCUGAUUCAAUUUCACAGACCAACAUUCAAAAUUUGAAAGGCUUAAAUUCUCCAGUUAUUAUUGGGAAGUCAGAAGAUCCAUCCUGUGUUGCAAAAGUUUCUGAAGACGGGAAACCUGUGAUAGGGACUCAGAAAAUGGAGUUACAUGUGAGGUGGAGGUCAGACACAGGCAAAUGUGUAGAUGCUUCACCGCUGGUUGUAAUACCCACUUUUGAUAAGUCAUCUACAACUGUGUACAUUGGUUCCCAUUCUCAUAGAAUUAAGGCAGUUGACUUUUACUCUGGAAAGGUAAAAUGGGAACAGAUUUUGGGAGAUCGAAUUGAAUCCUCAGCAUGUGUAUCUAAGUGUGGAAACUUUAUUGUGGUGGGCUGUUAUAAUGGAUUAGUUUAUGUUCUGAAAAGUAAUAGUGGAGAAAAAUACUGGAUGUUUACUACUGAAGAUGCUGUCAAAAGCUCGGCAACCAUGGAUCCAACCACAGGACUCAUUUACAUUGGAUCUCAUGACCAGCACGCAUAUGCUUUAGAUAUUUAUAGAAAGAAGUGUGCUUGGAAGUCAAAAUGUGGAGGAACUGUCUUUUCCUCUCCGUGUUUGAACCUGAUUCCACAUCAUUUGUAUUUUGCUACAUUGGGAGGACUUUUACUGGCUGUAAAUCCUGCUACUGGGAACGUUAUUUGGAAACAUUCCUGUGGAAAACCACUCUUCUCUUCCCCACGAUGUUGCUCACAGUAUAUUUGUAUUGGCUGUGUAGAUGGGAAUUUACUCUGCUUUACUCACUUUGGAGAACAGGUUUGGCAGUUCCCUACCAGUGGACCAAUCUUUUCAUCCCCGUGUACCUCACCAUCAGAGCAAAAAAUAUUUUUUGGUUCCCAUGAUUGCUUUAUCUACUGUUGUAACAUGAAAGGUCACCUGCAGUGGAAAUUUGAAACUACUUCAAGGGUCUAUGCAACACCGUUUGCUUUCCGUAACUACAAUGGCAGCAAUGAAAUGUUGCUGGCAGCAGCAUCUACUGAUGGGAAAGUGUGGAUCUUGGAAUCUCAGAGUGGACAAUUGCAAAGUGUUUAUGAACUUCCUGGAGAAGUCUUCUCUUCUCCUGUGGUCCUGGAAUCAAUGCUCAUUAUUGGGUGUAGAGAUAAUUAUGUUUAUUGUCUGGAUUUAUUGGGUGGCAAUCAAAAAUAAUCAAAUACAGUCCUUAUUUGUAUAACAAAUGUGAGAUAUUUGAAAAUAUUUUACCAUUAUAGAGCAUGUGGACUUAUUUUAUAUUAAAGAUUAUAUUUUGGCUAAGAAA